AUGGUUGCCAUCCACCUUUUCUUCGUUGCCGCUUCGGUGGCCCUCGCUGCCCCAACUGUUCGAGAGGAUGGGCCCGAUAUUUCAGGGAAAUUCAUUGUUGUCCUCAAGAACAAUGCCAAUGCCACCGAUGUUUCGUCGCAUAUCUCAUGGGUCAGGAGCGUUCACGAGCGAAGCCUGACCAGGCGUGAGGAGAUUGGCGUUGACAAAGUCUGGAAUGACAACUUCAAAGGCUACUCUGGCGAGUUUGACCAAGAGACUGUGAAAGAAAUCGAAGAGAGCGACGAUGUUAGUAUAUUGAAUCAACCUUCCUCCCAUUCCAUGCGCAUGUUGGCUUAUUCGACGCAGGUCAUUGCUGUUGAACCGGUACAGGUUGUCGAGACAUCUGGUGCCAUUGAUGUCCGAGCCAAUAUCAGACAGUCGAACGCUCCUUGGGGUCUGGGCUCCAUCUCUCACCGCACUCCCAACUGGAGCGAGUAUGUCUACGACGACUCUGCCGGCGCUACCACUUGGGCCUAUGUCGUCGACUCUGGGGUCUUCGUUCAACAUAGGGACUUCGAGGGCCGGGCACAUCUAGGUUACAACGCCUAUCCCGGCACUCAAUUUGUUGACCAGCAGGGUCACGGAACUCACUGCGCUGGUACCAUUGCCGGCAGGGUGCAUGGAGUUGCUAAGAAAGCGAACAUUAUUGCAGUAAAGGUGUUUGGGAGCGGAAGUUCUUCGACUGAUAUAAUCAUCGAUGGAUUUGAGUGGGCAGUUAGGAAUAUCACCAACACCCCCGGUCGAGCUGGCAAGUCCGUUAUCUCCAUGUCCCUGGGAGGUGGCUACUCCCUAGCCCUUAAUACCGCCCUGAGGAAUGCGUACAACCGGCACGGAAUCCUCACUGUGGUUGCUGCCGGAAACAGCAAUCGGGAUGCCCAGAACUUUUCACCAGCAUCGGAACCCACUGCCAUCACUGUUGGCGCGAUCGAUAUCAGGAACCGGCGGGCUUCAUUCUCCAACGUUGGCCGCUCGCUGGAUCUCUUCGCACCUGGUGUUGAUGUCCUCAGCACCUUCGUUGGGAACGUUGAAGCAACGGCAAGGCUGAGCGGGACUAGCAUGGCUUGUCCACACGUCUCGGGUUUGGCCUUAUACCUCAUGCGCAAGGAAGGCUUGACCUCUCCCGCUGCUGUGACGCAAAGAAUCCUUGCUUUGGCCACACGGGGUGUCGUCACCGAUGCGGGAGCGGGAAGCCCAAAUCUUCUGGCCUACAACGGCGCUGCCUAG